CAAGCCAGCGGAGAUAUGCAGACUAACAGAUUACUUUUGCUUGUCGUAAUUUUUACUGCCUAAAAAUACAUCUUAACCUGUUGCAAUUGCUUGGAUUGUACGCUAAAUGUUUAACUAAAACCCACUACUACAACAUGAACCAAAGUGAGCUAGACCAUACAGAAUCGUCAUUAUUCCCUGCUUCCUUUCAAUGUCCCCUAUAUGUCUCCUCUCACAAUGUUACAAGACUUUCACCUUGUCCGCAGCGUCCAUCCUCCACAUCCCCUACUCGUCUUUCUCCAACCCUUCAAAAUCUUUCUUCUUCGCCCUCAUCCAGCUCUCCUGCUUGUUUCUCCCCAAGUCUGGUUCUCAUCAAUUCAUCUUCACCUUCAAGGCUUUCUCCAUCUCCCCAACCUGUUUCAUCAUCUUCCUCUCCUAUGUGUACAUCCCCUUGUCCAUCCCCUCUGUCCUCUUCUUCCCCUGCAAUAAGGCUUUCCCCUUGCCCACAGCCUCUCCAUUCAUCCCCUACACGGCUUUCUCCAUGUCCCCACCUGCUUGCUUCUCAUAGCCCUACUAGACUUUCUCCAUGUUCCAUACCACUCUCUCCCCCUGUCAUCCUGAAAAGGCCCAUCCACAUCUCCUCAUUCAGUUACAGUGGGAGUCCCCUGGAUCCUUCAACCCACACUUUUCCAUGCAGCAGCAAAGCAGCGUCUGUUACUGAUAGUCUGGAAUACUCCAAGCAAUCCCUUCCAAGCAAUCAGCCUUCAGUCCAAACCACUGUCCAGUCAGACACUGAGCAGUCUAGAUUGGCAAUAACAUCAUGCAGUGAGAGAAGGGCUAAAUCAAUCCCCAUCUCCAAAACAAGAAUUCAGCAAAAGCAAAGACAGGAACAGUUACCUAGGUACCAGAACCAAGGCAUGCUUCAUAAAGAUGUCAGUUCUGAAGACAAAUCCAUCAGAGAUAUUGUGACUAAGAAGGAAAGCACAAGUCGCCAAAACCUGAAACACAUAGGAAGAGGACCACAAAGCCUUGCAUUCUAUAAAAGGAAACAUCUAACCCAGAACCCUGUCUUAAUUCAAGCCCGCCUAGGAAUAAUAAAGAUGUGA